AUGCAAAAAAUAGAAGAGGUCGUCGUACAUCCUUUGGUUCUUUUAAGCGUAGUUGACCAUUUCAACAGAGUCGCCAAAGAAAUGAGCAAUAAAAGAGUUGCUGGGGUAUUAUUAGGUGAAGUGUGGAAAGGCCGCCUUGAUGUCUCGAACUCUUUUGCAGUCCCAUUCGAAGAAGAUUCUCAGGACCCCAAAGUAUGGUUUUUGGAUCAUAAUUACUUACUCCUUAAUUUUAUUAACUGCCCUAUUAAAACUUUAUUUAUUUUAAAAAAUUUCUAUGUUUGCUGGUCAUUAUUAGGAAAGUUAGAAGAGAUGUUUGGCAUGUAUAAGAGAAUCAAUGCAAAAGAAAAAAUCGUAGGAUGGUAUAGCACUGGGCCUGGAGUAAAAGCACCUGAUGUCCAAAUUAAUGAAAGCUUUAAGCAGUAUGUACCGAAUCCUAUGCUAGUUGUUAUAGAUGUGAAAGCGGCAGAAACUUUGGAACUUCCUGCUCAGGCUUACUAUUCGAAAGAAGAAGUCAAUGAAGAUGGAAAUAUCGUGAAAAAUUUUGUCCAUGUCCCAACUUUGCUUGGAGCUUCAGAAGCAGAGGAUGUAGGAGUUGAGCAUUUAUUGAGAGAUGUUAGAGAUGUAGCUGCUACAAGCUUAGCAACGGAAACUCAACAUAAAAUAGCUGCCCUCAAAGCAAUGCUUACUCUUCCCCUCCUCACCGAAGGAAUAGACAAAUUAAAGGUUAAAAAAAUUGGAAAACAUUAUAUAUAAAUUUUUUUUAUUAGCUCUUAUAAUUGUUAUUUUAAAAAAUUUAUCCAAUAAACGCUUUAAGUAUGAUACAUAAGAGAUAGAGCAUGCGAUACAUCAGAAAAUAUAGUAAAGUCUGCAUUAGAAUUGUAUAGAAGGGAUUAUACUCUAAUAUAUUCUAAUAUUCAUUAUAUCAAAGAUAGUCAUUAUUUUUGAGGCGGAAUAUGGAGUUGGUUUCAUUCUUAAUCAUAUAAAUUGUUCAAUUAAGGAAGGGGUUUAAUUUCCCUAGUUUUUGAGGAAUUUCCAAUGGAAUUGUUCGAUCAAGGAUUAGGAGGAGUUAGCAGACUUACAGAAAUUCAGGAUUACCUACAAGAAGUUCUUAAUGGGAGAAAAGCAAAUAAUGAAAUUUUCCACAAACUUCAAGAAGUAUUGAACCUACUACCAAAUACAAAUGUAUUGAAUCAAGCAUUUGCAGUUGACGAAAACAACAGCUAUUUAUCUCCGUGAUUUCACGUGCCAAGUCUACUGCGCAAUGAUUUUUUUUGACCUAAUUUUUUUUUAGGAUACUUUUUGUGGCCAUCUUUUUAAGCCUAUUUUUAUCUUAAUUGUUUUUGAUCUUGUUUUGAUAAUGAUUCCAUGCUCACUAUUUAGAGUUAGUUUUCAAUCAUUUUAAUCUAUAUUUCGCCAGAAAUAAAUUAUAGCGCCUUCCUAUAGAUGGCGCAUUGCGCGCCAUCUAUAGGAAGGCGCUAUAUAAAUUUUUUUGCAUUUUAAAAAUAUUCCAAAAAAAUGGUGAAAAAAGACUUAAAAAUUAAGCCAAAAAAAGUCUUCAUAGUAUAGGUCCCGUAUGGCUAAACCAUUUAUCUCUCUAUUUAGCAUCGAUUACUAGAACUGUGCUUUCUUUGCAUUCGCUAAUUACAAAUAAGACUAAGAAAUAA